AUGGACCCCUACUCAACGGCUGCCCCACCGCUGUCAGCGGCUUCCACUCACGUCUCGCCGUCGGUGUCUAACGGGAACGAGAGCCCGGAGACGGCGAUCAUGGCUUCGGCGACCUCAGAUGUCCGUCUAGCUCAGCAGCCCGCCACUACCCCCGCACGCGGCAAGCAUCUCAAGUGCGACGGGAACACCCCUUGCUCGCGUUGCACUAGCUCCAACACCGAGUGUCUAUAUGUCCCCUCUCGCCGCGGCUACAGGGCCCCCAGGAAGAACACGACCCAGAAUCCGAACAAGCGCCAUGCAUCGUCCUCCCCGCCGUACCCCGGCCCGACUGAGAGCUGCCCCAUGCUCCUGGGACACGGGGGGGUGUCGCUUGCUGCCCCCGCGAUCCCCGGCUUCAACCCGGCCGUCGUGCUGCCGGACCAGUCGCCCGUCUCUUAUACGACCACUUCGCCUCUGGGAAACGUGCCGCUCUACCGGAACCCGUUCGCCCCAGCCAUGGAUGCCAACGCGCUGGCCCUGACGACGACGACGACGUCGUCGACACCAACAUCGACUUCGUCGACGGCCACGGCCGCGGCCACGCCGGCCGUGCCUCCGGCCCAGCCGCCGGUGCCGACGCUGGCGGAGCGCUGCUUCGACGCCUUCUACCACUUCUUCCACGCCGGCCACCCCUUCGUGCUGCCCAAGGACUACUUCCUCCGCAUGCUCAAGGAGGGCGCGGCGGCCAACCUCAACGUCGUCCUGGCCGCCAUGCGGUACAUCGGCUCGCUGUACGUCGACGCCGGGCCCGCCCGGGCGACCUACCUGGACGAGGCCAUCCGGCUAAGCUACCGGCCGGACACGCCCAAGGACGGCUUCCUGGUCCAGGCCCUGCUGCUCAUCAUCAUCGGCCUGGACGGGUCGUGCGACCAGGGGCGCGCGCGCGAGCUGCUGGCCGACUGCGAGCGCCUCGCCAUCGAGAUCGACCUCAACAAGCGCGACUUCGCCGCCCUGCACGGCCGCGCCAACCCCGUGCUCGAGGAGAGCUGGCGCCGCACCUGGUGGGACCUGUACGUGUGCGACGGCAUGAUCGCCGGCGUGCACCGCGUCACCAAGUUCUUGCUGUUCGACAUCCAGGCCGACGUGGGCUUGCCGUGCGAGGAGCAUGAGUACCUCUCAGGGCGCAUCCCGGCGCCGUCGUACAUAGAGGACUUCGACGACGCGACCUUCUCGGGCGAGGACCGCGAGUUCUCGUCCUUCACGUACCGCAUCGCGGCGGCGCGCAACCUCGGGCGCCUGAUGCGCAUGCCGCCCGUCAUGUUCCCCGGCGACGAGAACGUCAACCGCGUGCAGUCGCUGCUCACCAACUGGCGCAUGCACCUGCCGGACUCGAAGCGCGACGACCUCAACAAGAACUGCCAGCUCGACGAGAUGAUGUUCCAGGCGCACUUCAUCACGCAUGCCUGCACCAUCAUACUACACCAGCCGCUCUCGCAGCUGGACACGUCGCCGGUGCAGGCGGUCAACUCGUGCGCGCCGCACCGGCCGGUGCCGUCGGGGGAGGCGUUCAACACGCACACGCGGCACACGCUGAGCGCGGCGGCGGAGAUCUCGCAGAUGAUCACGCAGGCGGGGGCGGGGGUGGACGACGUGACGCGGCACACGCACUUCUUCACGUGCGUCAUCACGCUCAGCUCGAUCGUGCACCUGUCCCGGUGGGCGCUCUACUUCGUCGACGACGAGGACCACCUGCGCCAGCAGAUCCGCCUCAACAUCGGCGCGCUCCGCCGCCUCAGCCGCGUCUGGAAGGCCGCCGACACCGCCUGGGCCCAGGUCAAGGGCGUCGCCCAGGAGAUCUACCGCGGCAAGAAGGCCCAGCAGAUCAGCCCCGCCUUCUGGGUCGGCUUCACGCAGGAGCAGAUGAUCAGCAGCAUCAACGCCGACGAGGGCAUCAUGAGCGAUGCAGGUACGUAUAACGUGGAUUGGAAACGGGACGAUUCGGCUAAGCGUCAGGGAAAAGAAGGAGUUUGGGUUCGACAUGGGUUGCGGCUUCAAGGCUUCGACUGUGAGGCCGGAGGUGGCCGAUGUCUCACCCCGUACAGAGUAUUUCUAAUCCCCCAGCCAGGCGAGAUCCUCGCCGUCAUGGGCCCCUCCGGCUCCGGCAAGACAACACUUCUCAACAUGCUAGCCUGCCGCCCCACCACCACCACCCCUACCACCACCUUCUCCUCCUCCACGUGCACCACAACAGGCACGCUCCUCCUAAACGGCGCCCCAGCCUCCCAGCCCGCCCUGCGCUCGGUAACCCGCUUCGUGGAGCAGGACGACGCGCUCACCGGCGCCCUGACCGUGCGCGAAACGCUGGAUUUCGCCUCGCGCCUCGCCACCACCAUGGCCACCACCACCUCCUUUUCCUCGGACAAUAGGUCCAAGGACAACAGGGCAGCGCGCGUGGCCCAGCUGGUGGACGCGUUCGGGCUGCGCGAGCGGGCGGACACGCUGGUGGGCACGGGCCUGCGCAAGGGCCUCAGCGGCGGGCAGCGGCGGCGGCUGGGCGUGGCCGGCCAGCUGGUCGGCGGCGGGGCGCGGGUGCUGGUGCUGGACGAGCCGACCAGCGGGCUGGAUUCGGCGGCCGGGUGGGAGGUGUUAAUCGUCAUCGCGUCGAUCCACCAGCCGAGCACGGCCACGUUCAACCUGUUCGACAAGCUGCUGCUCAUGUCGCACGGCAAGACGCACUACUUCGGCCCCACAGCCGAGGUCGCGGCGCAUUACGAGGCGCUGGGGUGCCCGAUGCCGGUCCAUGUCAACCCGGCCGAGUUCCUGCUCGACAUGGUCAACACCGACUUCGCCGCGCACCGCGAGUCGGCCGUGCGCCGGCUCGACGAGAUGCAGCUCGCCUGGGCGCGCUCGCCGGCGGCUAAGGAGCUGGCUGCCACCAUCGCCGCGGCCGAAGAAAAAGGGGUGACGACGGGGGCGGCUGGGGCGGGCCUCGAGAUGGACGGGUCGGAGCAGAAACCGAGCCUGCCGAGCUUGGUGCUCACGCUGCUGCACCGCGGCUUCGUGAAGAGCUACCGCGAUAUCGUCGUCUAUGGAAUCAGGCUGGCCAUGUACAGUGGUGACGGCUCCGCCUUCAUGUCGUUCAUGGCCUGCGCGUACUGCCCGGCCUACCUCGAGGACUACAUGCAGUUCAUCAAGGAGAAGCGCAACGGCCUGUACGGCGCCACGGCCAUGAUCGUCGCCAACUUCCUCAUCGGCGUGCCCUACCUGUUCAUCUUCUCGCUCGUCUUCUCGGCCAUCUCGUACUGGCUGUCCAACUUCCAGCCGACGGCGCAGGCCUUCUUCACCUGGGUGCUGUGGGUGUUCCUGGACCUGCUGGCGGCGGAGAGCCUGGUGGUGCUCCUGACGUCCGUCUUCCCGUCCUUCGUCGUCUCGCUCGCGCUGGUGGCCUUCGCCAACGGGCUGUGGAUGAGCGUGGACGGCUUCAUGGUGCCGCCGACGCUGCUCAACGUGUUCUACCGCUACGUGUUCCACUACUGGGACUACCAGAAGUACGUCUUCGAGAACAUGAUGGUCAACGAGUUCAGCGAGCGCGUGUACACCUGCGCGCGAACGGCGGGGGGCUGCCAGUGCAUGUGGCAGACCGACCUGGCGGACCAGUGCCUGAUCCGCGGCCAGGGCGUGCUCGACCAGUACGGCUACCGGCCGGGACACAUGGGCAAGGACGUCGGUAUCAUGUUGGCCAUCAUCUUCGGUUACCGUCUUGCCGCGUGGCUGGUCCUGAAGUUGAAGAACUCUGUCUACACAGCCGCAAUUCACAUCCUCUCGGGCCUCCUCAGCGAUGGCGCCCCUCCGGCCUGCAGUCACCCAAAACAACUCCCCAAACCGGCUCGCAUUCCGCCCCCAUCUCAGCUCGCCCUCCUCGCAACCAUCGUCGUCCAUCCGGCAUUCACCACCAGCGCCCCGGAAACAGCCAACAUCCACGCCGCCGCCCACGCCCUGUCUUACCUACGCGGCCUGCUCAGCACUGUGGGGCCCAUCAACGCCAACUUCCGCGCCGCGUUCGAUUUUACCGCCUCCUCCACCUCGUCCGGCCCCGCCGCCGCCACCACCCGGUCCCGCGCAGCCGCCCGCCCCGGCAGCCGCCCGGGAAGCCGAGGCGGCAGCCGCAGCCGGAGCCGGCACAGCAGCGGAGCUCACAACAACAACACCGCUUACCUAAGCAGCGACGACGAGCCCCCGUGGCAAUCCGACUCGGACUCGGACGCGCUGGGCGGCGACUUCGCGCGCUCGGACCUGCUCUUCCGCCGCGCGCCCGACUUCUGGGCCGUGCUGGGCUGGGCGUUCCGCUGCGCCGCCGAGCACCCGGCCCGCUGGCGCUGCUGGCGCGAGUGGCUGGGCUUCGUGCUGGCCGCCGUGGAGGCCGACUUUGACGAGCGGCUGCGCGAGGACCAGGCGGCGGUCGGGCAGACGGGCAAGAGUAAGUCCACCCGGCCGUACCCGGCGCUGGGUGGGAGCUUGAUUGUGGCAUACCUGCUCGGCCUGAGGCGGGCGAGGAGGAAUCCGCUGCGGGAGGUGCUAAGGGCGGUGUUUGCGUUCUGCGACGGGGAGAUGGUCGCGUCGGAUAGGGCGAUUUUCGGGGAGGUGUUCAGGCACGAGACGAAGCUUGGUAGGAGCAAGCGCAAGAGGGCGGAGGAUAAUGUGGUGGACCUGGAGAAUGAUCGGUUUGGGGACUACUUGGAUGAUGGGGAGUCGUUGGAGUCGGAGGAGGAGAGCGAGGGAGAGGACGUGCCGAUGCCCGCCCCGGCGAAGGGGCGGAGGAAACCGGGCCGCAAGGCCAAGGGGGAAGGCACAGCCUCUCUCGCCCUCACGGACAGCCUCGCCGAGACGGUGCCCUUCCGCCUGCGCGUCUUCCGCUUGCUCUCAGCGGUGUCCUACUACCUCCCCGAUACCUUUGAGCCGGUCGGCGAGCUCUACGAGAGAUUCACCGACCAGGUGCGCAGCCUCCCGCUGCCCAUGUUCCGCCUGUUCAUCGAGCCGCACCGGUCCAUCCUCCCCGAAGAGGUCCAGGUCUCGUUCCUACGCAUGGUGAUCGAGGCGCUGCUGCCGCGCCACCCGGACCCGGCCGAGGUCGACGCCGCGGCCGGCCACGGCGUCACCGUGCGCGUCAUGCAGGAGUGCUUCCUGCCCUUCGCCGCGAGCAGGGUCACGGCCGAGGACAACGCCAAGCUGUCGCUCGCCCUCGAGCGCAUGAUGUGGUUCGUCUACGGCCAGAUCGGGGUUGAGUAUUCGCCCGGGCUGCGCAGGGCCGUCGAGGCCGGCAUCAAGGCCCGCGAGGACAAGAUCAAGCGGCGCGGGGCUGCUGGCGCUGCUGGGAGGGCGGACGCUGCGGACAAGGCGGCGCGGGAGGCGCUGGCGCGGUCGGCCAGGAAUCUGAGGGCCUUGGUCGAUGUUAUUGCGGCUGCUGGGCGGUGA